AUGCAGAGCUACAGGGACCAAGCGAACACCACCCUGGAUCAGAAGAAAUUUUUGGACGAAUGCAUUUUCAUCGUGAAGGAGCAGAGCUUUUACAUGAAGCAGGCACUGGAAAAUGGAUCCCUCAGGGACACGCUGAAGCACGCGUCGAACAUGCUGUGCGAACUGAGGACGUCACAGCUGUCACCCAAGUACUACUACGAGCUAUACAUGCUGAUAUUCAACGAAUUGCAACACCUGGAUACAUUUAUAAGUGACAAAAAAAAACAUAAAAAGAGGUUCAUCGAUAUAUACGAGAGUGUCCAACACGCAGGAAACAUCAUCCCCAGAUUAUACCUACUAAUCAUCGUCGGAAGAAACUACAUAAAGAAUAAAGACAUUAAAGCAAAGUAUAUUUUAAAAGACAUGACAGAAUUAUGUAAGGGUAUUCAACACCCACUGAGGGGGUUAUUCUUACGCUACUUUUUAAUCCAAAUGUGCAAGGACAGAAUACCUGACACAGGAAGUGAAUACGAAGAAGCAGGUGGAGGGAACAUAGAUGAUGCGUUUGAAUUCCUUCUCUCGAACUUUUAUGAAAGCAUCAAACUGUGGAACAGAAUGAGUGACAAGGUACUCAUUAAAUCGGCACCGGGACAAGACGAACAAGUUAUACGUAAUAAUAGAAAUAAAGUGUUAAGAGAAAAAAUGGAUGUAAAAAUGCUAGUGGGAUCCAACCUGGUACGUAUGUCCCAAUUGGAAGGAAUGACUAGACAAUAUUAUAUAGAAAAAUGCCUUCCAAAAUUGCUACAAAAUUUGUCCACCAUAAACGACUCACUCAUUCAGCAGUACAUUUUUGAGUCCAUCGUCCAGGUUUUCAGUGACGAGUGUCAUAUAUAUACUUUAGACAUUCUGCUAAACGCUAUUCUGAAAAUAAAUAGCUCACUUGAUUUUAAGGGCAUCCUCAUUACCUUAUUGAAAAGGCUAAGAUCCUUUAUCGAGUCGAAUAAAUAUGAAGUGCCAAAAGAGGUCGAUAUUUUUUCUCUCUUUUAUGAGCACCUAGUUUUGUAUGUUAAUCGGACUUUAGAUUCGUAUGAGAGAGGGAAAGGCUCCUACAGUUUGGCGUUCCAACAGGAGGGUCAGAAGUUUCCCACGAGGGACACUGUAGUGGAGUACUACAAGGGGGAUGAAGAGAAAAAGAGAGGCCCCCCAACGUCAGGCACGACUACCACAUCCACCACCAAUGUCGUCACCACCAAUGUGGUCACCACGAACAGCGUUACAACGAUGGGGACACAGCAGAUCAACGCGAACGAUCUCGUGCCAAACUGCAAAAUUGUCAAAAGUGCAGAUGCGAAAAGUCACCCCGGGGAGGAGAAACGAAUGAUGAAGGAAGCCUCCUACUAUGGAGGAGCGACCCACCAGGGAAGUAGCAACAAAACGGCAAACUAUGCGAAUCUACCCAGGGGUACCCACCGCCGUUACAGUAACGAAGAAAACAACCAACCAAACAAUGAAGACGAUGAAUUUGUGGAAAGCGUAGUUAAAAUGCUGCAAGUAAUCUAUGAGUUCAUUUUUCUAUGCAUACGUAUAUACGACGAUGCCAUUACUGUGAGCAAACUGUUUGAACUUCCAUACACCAUAGCGUCUAACGUAAACCUCAACAAUGACGUUCUAUGCGAACAGAUAAUUAGCAUAAUUGUUCUUCCAUUUAACUACCUGGGGCUGAGUGCCCUCAAUGGGAAGAAUAUGCAAGCGCUGUUGAGCAGCAUAACCUCCCAGAAGCAUAAAAAGAAACUUAGCCUAGACAUCAUUGAUGCGAUUAUUGAGUGCAAAAAUAAGGCCAUCGUUUACAAAGACGUAGAAGAAAUCCUAAAUUAUAUUUCCCCCAUUUUUAACGAAGACGUGAAGAGGAAAACGGACCCCGCAGAUGAUAUGCACCAAAGGGAUUGUCACCAACGAGAGGUACAGGAGGCCGACUUUUUCAACCUAGAAAAUAGCACCAUCACCUAUGCGGCAAAAAAAAUGUGCAAAUUCUUUCACAUCAUAACAAAUACUAACGAUAUUGAUGAACGGUACAAUAUCUGCAUGCUGUUUUAUAAGCACAUAGAAAAUGGCCCCUAUUUGGUGCAUCUCCUGCCGACCAUUGUUUUCACCAUGCUGGAUUUAGUCACGAUCAUCACGAACAUGGUCCCCAACACGGGGGGGAAAACACAGUCGAGGAAUGAUGAUCUGUUUGAGAAAAAGGAACACCCUGAUGAGGAGCUCACCGGUGAGCAUACGCAUGAUGAGAAUACCUAUGAUGAGUUGAACCGGCUACGUAACAAUCACGGUGAUAGUACCACCCGCAUGGAUGUCUUCCCAGGUGACAACCCGGAGGACCCAUACUUGGAGGAAAAGCUAAAACAAUACAACAUAUACGUAAAGAACAUUUUAAAGUUUAUUCACACGAAUCUGCUCUGCGUGAGUAGCCAAAUUCCGAUGCUAGCGCUUAAGCUUUUCCUCUACAGUGCCAUAGUGGUGAACAACUACGAUCGCUUGGUCCAAGCAUAUGACUUUCUCUCCUUCGAAAACUUGGAAGCCAUUUGUUACGAAUUCAUAACACAGCCACUGAUUAUUUACGAGGAGGACAUAAACAUCUCCUCACAACAGUACAGCUGCAUCAUUUGGAUCACAGGCAUUUUGUGUUCUCAUAUUACUCUCCUCCAAAAUGAGAACUACGAAAAUAUUGCCCUCAAGUUAACUCAGCAUGCAAAUAAGUUGCUGAAAAAAAAAGACCAAUGUUUGGGCAUCCUGGCAUGCUCUCAUAUAUAUUGGGAAAACAACAAAUACAGAAAUAGUGCCAAAGUGUUGGAGUGCCUCCAGAAGUGCAUAAAAAACGCAGAGAUUGCCGUGCAGUCAAAUAACGAUAAUGUAGUUCUCUUCCUUUUUUUGUUGCAAAAGUAUGUCUACUACUAUGAGGCAGAAAAUAUCGAAGUCACGGAAGACAGCAUACACUACCUACUGCAUAUUUGCCAGGAGGAGUACUCCAGAGACAGCUGCGACGCGAACUUUAAGAAGGAGUUCUUGCAGACCGUCCAGUACAUACACGACAAGAAGAAAAGUUCCAACGCCUUCGCCAAAAUUGGCCUGGACGUCUCGGUUCUGCGGUAG